AAAUUUCCAAAACCUUUUUCGAGUAAAGAAAAGUUUUUUCUCUACAUAUACUCAAUUCGAAGUUAGGAGGUAGAAACUUUCGUUUCCAACCUUAUUUUUUGAAAAUCUCUCACAUUUUGGGCAAUAACUUCGUGUUCCCAAAUUCAUUCUCUUAUGAGUAACAAAUCAAGAUUUGUGAAAUUCUGCCAGUAAAAAUCCAAGAAUCGUGCUUAUUUUUUCUGCAGCUUGGAUCCAUCUGCAGCUAGCCAUGGCGGAGGACGAUAACUACACCAAAGAUGGCACCGUCGACUACAAGGGCAAACCGGCCAACAGGAAGAUAACAGGAACUUGGAGGGCCUGCCCCUUCAUUCUUGGAAAUGAAUGUUGUGAGAGAUUAGCCUACUAUGGAAUGAGCAGCAACCUCUUUCUCUAUUUCACCAACCAACUCAAUCAACACAACGCCGUCGCCUCCAAAAACCUCUCUAAUUGGUCCGGCACUUGCUACGUCAUGCCGUUAAUCGGAGCCUUUCUCGCCGAUUCCUAUCUCGGCCGCUACUGGACCAUCGCCACCUUCUCCAUCAUCUACGUCAUCGGAAUGACACUUUUGACCCUGUCGGCCGCGGCGCCGGGCCUAAGGCCGACGUGUCGCGAGAAAGACGACUGCUACGCGACGGGCUCGCAGACCGCAGUCUGCUUCGCGGCAUUGUACCUCGUGGCGCUGGGCACGGGCGGGAUCAAGCCGUGCGUCUCAUCGUACGGCGCGGAUCAAUUCGACGAUGCUGAUGAGGUGGAGAGGGGUCACAAGGGCUCCUUCUUCAACUGGUUCUAUUUCUCGAUCAAUAUCGGCGCGCUGAUUGCGGGAUCGGUUCUUGUUUGGAUUCAAGUCAACAUCGGGUGGGGGUGGGGAUUCGGUGUUCCCGCGGCGGCCAUGGCCGUGGCCGUCGCGUUUUUCUUCUCCGGUACUCGGUUGUACCGGUACCAGAAGCCCGGCGGCAGCCCCCUAACGCGGCUGUGCCAGGUGGUGGUGGCCGCCGUCAGGAAACAUCGCGUUCGAUUGCCUGAUGACAAGUCGCUUCUUUAUGAGACGAUUGAUUCGGAGUCUGCGAUAGUAGGCAGCCGAAAACUCGACCACACUAACCAGCUACGUUACUUCGACAGGGCGGCAGUGGAGAUUGAAUCCGAUCUCAUCAAAGAGUCGAUAAACCCAUGGCGGCUGUGCACGGUGACGCAAGUGGAGGAGCUGAAGGGAAUACUCCGGCUGCUCCCGGUGUGGGCCACGGGAAUAAUCUUCAGCACGGUGUACGGGCAGAUGGGGAACCUCUUCCUCCUCCAAGCCGAGUACAUGGACGCCCGACUCACCCCCCACUUCACCAUCCCGGAGGCCUCCCUCUCCAUCUUCGACACCCUCAGCGUCAUCUUCUGGGUCCCCGUCUACGACCGCCUCAUCAUCCCGGCCGCGCGGAGGCUCACCGGCCGCCCCACCGGCCUCACCCAGCUGCAGCGCAUCGGGGUGGGCCUCUUCAUCUCCGUAUUCGCGAUGCUCUCCGCAGGCAUCCUCGAGAUUUACCGGCUGAGGGUCGUGAGGCGGCACGGCGCCUACGAGGCCAAGGGCGGGCCCGGGGCCGUCUCCAUCUUCUGGCAGGUGCCGCAGUAUUUCAUCAUCGGGUGCGCGGAGGUGUUCACCAACAUCGGGCAGCUGGAGUUCUUCUACGAGCAGGCGCCAGACUCCAUGCGGAGCCUGUGCGCCGCGCUGUCGCUCACCACCACCGCGCUCGGGAGCUACCUGAGCGCGCUGCUGGUGGCGGUCGUGACGGAGGCCAGCACGAGGGGAGGGCCCCCCGGCUGGAUACCGGAUAACUUGAACUACGGCCGCCUGCAUUACUUCUUCUUGCUCUUGGCCGGUUUGAGUGUGCUCAAUUUGGGGGCUUUUGUUGUUGUCGCCAUGAGGUAUACUUACAAGAAAGCGCUCACGAGAUGAGAUCCACUAUCUGUUUCGUUUCGGUUUAAUAGUAAGACAUAAAUUAUGAAGAAAUCAAUGUAUCCUUGUCAUUUGACGUCGAUUGUCUUGCAGGUGAAUCAAGAUUUUUGUUUUACA